AUGGAUGACUUCAAUUUGGCUAUGCAGAAUGCAGAUUUGUUUGAAGCCCAAGGGAAAGGUCUAACCUACACUUGGUGGAAUAAUCAAAAGGAUAGCCCGACAUCAAAGAAGAUUGAUCAUGCGUUCAUCAACCAACCUUGGGCUCAGGUCUUUCCAAACUCUUAUGCAGAUUUCCUUGCGCCACUGCAAUCAGAUCAUGCAGCUUGCCUUUUUCAGAUGCCUUCUAUUAAUCGCGAGGUUAGAAAGUCGUUUAAGUUUUUCACCCAUGUUGUAGCACACAAUGACUAUCAUGCGUCAGUUAGACAAGCAUGGAACCCGCAAGAGAUCCAGGGCACAUGUCAGUUCAAGCUAGUACGGUCUCUCAGACUAUUAAAACCAGUGAUCAGGGGUUUAAAUAAGCAGCACUUCAGCGGGAUUACAACAAGGGUUAAAGCUCAAGCAGAUAAGGUCAUAAGCGUGCAGCGGAAUAUUCUCUCUAACCCGGAUGCUCAAACAGUUAGGGAAGAACAUUAA